AUGCGGCCCCGUUGCCGCCACCUGCGGCCCCGUCGCCGCCCCCUGCGGCCCCGUCGCCGCCACCUACGGCCACGCAGCCGCCACCUGCGGCCCCGCCGCCACCUGCGGCCCCGCCGCCACCUGCGGCCCCGUCGCCGUCACCUGCGGCCCCGUCGCCCUCCCCUAGCGGCCCUGUCCCCGCUUAGUUGCCCAGCGACCGAGCCGCCGAGCAACCCAGCAGCCGAGCCGCCCACCUGCCAAGCAACCGAGCCACCCAGCAGCCGAGCCGCCCAGCAGCCGAGCCGCCGAGCAGCCGAGCCGCCCAGCAGCCGAGCUGCCCAGCAACUGAGCCGCCGAGCCGCCGAGCAGUCGAGCCGCCCUGCCGCCGAGCCGCCCAGCAGCCGAGCCGCCCAGCAGCCAAGCCGCCGUGCCGCCGAGUCGCCGAGCCGUCGAGCCGCCCAGCAGCAGAGCCGCCCUGCCGCCAAGCUGCCGAGCUGCCCUACUGUCGAGCCGCUGCUGUUCCUACCGGUGCUCCCCGGCCCUCCUUCCUCGGACUGGGACCACUUCCUCUCAGUUUGCCCCACCACUCUCACCGUUGACCUCGUCGAGAAGGGCCUCCUAGCAGCAGAGAAGAGCAUAGUCGCUGUAGGAGCCUCUCGCGGUGACCCACGCACCCCCGUCUUUGAGGGGUGUUCCCCCUCCCCCCUCUUGCCCUCUAUUGCUUCUCCUGCUGCGGCCGACCUCGUUGGUUUCGAUUCGGUCGGCGCUGCGUCUGCCCCUAGCGGGAGACGCCGCACCGGCAAGGGCAAGGGGGGCAAGGGCGCUGGAGGGGCUGGUGGGGGCGGUGGAGGUGGUGGUGGAGGAAGUGGAGGGGGUGGGGGUGGUGGUGGGAGUGGUGGCGGGGGUGGCGGCGGCGGCGGCAGCAGUGGAGGCGGAGUAGGCGGCGGUGGUGGCGGAGGGAGCGGAGGCGGCAGAGGUGGCGGAGGAGGCGGAGGUGGAGGAGGCGGCGGAGGCGGCGGCGGCGGCGGGGGCAAUGGUGGAGCGGGUCGCAACUCUGCACAGAGGAGUGGCUCAGGUGGUGGUCCGCGCCAGCCGCAGCGGAGUGGUGUGACCCUGUCCCCUCAGCAGCUUCGUGAGUGGGCGGGAGUUGCCAUCUUUGAUCUUGACUAUGAUGCUAUUCUUGCUGCCAUGUAUUCUGUGACUACUAGUGUUGAGGGUGACUGUUACCUGUGUGUACCGCCAAACCCGAGCAUUGAGGCCACUGCUCUAGGUGCUGGUGAGGCUGCUGCUCUAGGUGCUAGUGCGUGUGCUACCCCAGGUGCUAGUGCGUCUGCUGCCCCAGGUGCUAGUGAGUCUGCUCUCUAA